AUGAAUAUUCAUAAUUCACCAUUACAUCAUGUACUAAUUCCAAAUUCAAAUAAAAUCAAUAAAAAACGACAAGAAUUUUGGAAUGGUACACUUUUAGAUAAUUAUAAUUUUCUUAUGUCUGAAGAACUUAUUUGUCAUUGUAAAAGUUCUUUGGAAGAACCAUUUUAUUCAUUAAAUGAUCUUACUGUUCAUCAUGUAUCUUAUAAUGAAUUUGAAAAACAAUAUGUUGAAUUGUCCGAUUGGUGUGAAAAAAUAUCUGAUGUAAUUAAAAAAAUUUCAUCAAAUACUUUAACUUGUUAUCUACGACAAAAAUCUUACGAAGAAUUAUAUGAACAAGGUUUAAUGCGUUUACGAAUGUUUAAUCAAUAUUCAAAUAAAUUAAUUGAACGUUUUCCAGAUUUAAAUAUUGUUAUACAAACUAAAAAGGAAAUAAUUUAUAAAAUAUGGAAUGAACUUGAAUCACGUUUCAUUAGUUAUUUAGAUGAAGAUUUUGAUCGAAUUAUUCAAGGUUUAUUUUAUUGA